AUGGACUCUGAAGAUAUUAUCGAUUCUGAUAUUUUAGAUUCGAAUGAAGAUUUUAUAACACCUCCUAAGAAUUUUGGUACACAUUGGACAGGUUUUUUGCAUUCAAAACAACUUAAAAAUGACAAAGCUCGACGAUAUAAUGCAAAGUGUACAUAUUGUGAUCAAAUAUUCGAAGCACGUAAAGAAGCGAUGACAAAUCAUAUAGUCAAUAUCUGUCGUAAAAUUCCAGCUGAAAAUAGAAUAAUUUAUUCUCGAAUAAUUAAAGAAAAAUCUGAACAAGUUACUAAAGUUUCUACUCACAAAGCAGUUUUAAUGACUGAUUAUUUUGAUAAAGCUAUUAUUCAUCGACAUUUUCUUGAAAAUGAACAAUUUACUAUAGUUCUUCGAUAUAUAGUUGAUGCGAUUGCAAAACUUGAAUCCAAUAAUACGACUUUAGGUGAUAUAUUUGCCAAAUUGUUAGUUAUUUAUAAAAAAUUAAGAUCAAGUGAAUUUGAAGAUUUUGAUUAUGGAUUAAUUGAUCAUGCAAAAGAUAUAGUUAAUUUUCGUGCAAAAGAAUUUGAUGAGCCUAUAUAUUAUUUAGCAUUUUUUUUGAACCCAAAGUUUCGUAAAGCUGCAGUAUCAAAAAAACUAACCUUUGAUAAUAUGGUAGUUUAUGCGUUAACAUUCGCACAAAUAUGGAAAUUUACAUAUGAACAAGCCAAGCAAAUUUCACAAAAGUUAUUAGACUAUUAUAAUAAUGAUCCACCUUUUAACUUAACAGUUUUAGAACCACGAUUAUAUUGGAAAAAAAUCUCUCAUCAAGCUGGAGCAUUAAAAGUAUUAGCAUUAAAGAUAUUUGCAAUUCGUCCUCAUUCUGCUGAAGUAGAACGACUUUUUUCACGUAUGGGUAUGGCUAAAACAAAAAUUCGAAAUCAAUUAUCCACUUCAACAUUAAAAAUGAUUUCACAAAUAAAGCUCACAUUGUCUAUAGAAGUUUCUAAAAAAAAUCUUAAAGAAAAAUUAGUAACUAGAGAAAAACAAGAUAAUGACAAUUUAGAUGAUUAUGAUACAUUAUUUUCUUUAGAUUUAAUAGAUCUAAUUAAUGACGAAGAUAAUGAAUUAGAAUUUAAUAACAUUCAAGAAAUUGAUUUAGAACCUAUACGAAAUAAUUCAGAAUUAUUUAUGGAAGAUCAUUUGAAUUGCGCUGAUAAAUUAAUAACUUUUACCCCGGGAGAUGUCUAA